GGUUCUUCGAGGAAAGCAAAAUGCGCAUGCGCAACCAGACGUGGCAGCGGCAUCAUGGCUUCUUGGAGCAGAUACGGGAGACGCAGGAGGGAGGUUGAAAUGUAUAUAUUCCUAUGUAUGGUUGUGGUUGUAGCCACACUGCAGGCAGUGAAAGUGUCCCCAUUAAUAGAGCGAGUCAGUGACCAUAAGGACUUUAAAAAGUUGCUCAGGACAAGAACCAACGUCCUUGUUCUGUACACUAAGACAGCUACAUCCGGGGAUGUUCAACUGAAGCUGCUGACUGAUGUAGCCCAAGCUGUGAAAGGCCAAGGGACCAUCGCCUGGGUAAACUGCGGGGAUUCUGAAGGUCGCAAACUCUGUAAGAAAGUGAAAGUGGAUCCGAGUUCAAAGACUGCUGGAUUUGAAAUCCUUCAUUAUAAAGACGGAACCUUUCACACAGAAUACAACAGACCAGCCACACUUAAGUCUAUGGUGGCAUUUCUGAAAGACCCCACAGGUGCCCCCCUAUGGGAGGAGAACCCCGAAGCUAAAGACAUUGCUCACAUCGAGACAGAGAAAGACUUCAAGAAGCUGUUGAAAAGAGAAGAGAAACCCAUCCUCAUGAUGUUUUAUGCCCCAUGGUGCGGUGUAUGUAAGAGGAUGCAGCCCAUCUUCCAACAAGCUGCCACUGAGACGAAAGGGAAAUAUGUAUUAGCGGGGAUGAACGUUCAUCCAGCGGAGUUUGACGGACUUAAGCAGGAGUAUGACGUCAAGGGCUACCCAACCUUCUGCUACUUUGAGAAGGGAAAGUUCCUGUAUCACUAUGAGAACUAUGGUGCCACAUCCAAGGACAUUGCAGACUGGCUUAAAAACCCGCAGCCUCCUCAACCCAAGACCCCUGAGAUACCUUGGGCAGAUUCAGAUUCGGCUGUGUUUCAUCUUACUGACGAGUCCUUUGACACUUUUCUGGAAGAACAUCCCUCAGUCCUGGUUAUGUUUUAUGCUCCCUGGUGCGGCCACUGUAAGAAGAUGAAGCCUGACUACGAUGAAGCAGCUGAAAUCCUCAACAAAGAGGCAGAUAGUCCAGGUGUGUUAGCAGCAGUGGACGCCACUAUCCAUAAAUCUGUGGCUGAGCGCUUGAAGAUCUCAGGCUUCCCUACUGUGAAGUACUUUGAGAAGGGCGAGGAGAAGUACACAUUACCGCAGCUACGGACCAAAGACAAGAUCAUCGAGUGGCUGCAGAAUCCACAGGCUCCCCCUCCUCCUGAACAGUCAUGGGAGGAGAAGCCUUCCAGCGUGAGUCACCUUGGGGCCGAAGACUUUAGGGAGGCUCUCAAGAAGAAGAAGCACGCCCUGGUCAUGUUCUAUGCUCCCUGGUGUCCUCACUGUAAGAAUGCCGUCCCUCACUUCAUUACAGCCGCUGAGACUUUCAAAGAGGACCGCAAGAUUGUGUAUGCUGCUGUGGAUUGCACCAAAGGGCAGAACCAUGAGUUGUGUAAGCAGGAGAGUGUAGAUGGCUAUCCAACCUUUAACUACUACAAUUAUGGCAAAUUCAGUGAAAAAUACAAUGGCGAAAGAGGGGAGGCUGGCUUCACAGGUUUUAUGCGAAGCCUAAGAGGACGGGACCAAGAGAAGGUGGGAAAGCGGAAAGAGGAGCUCUAAGAAUGUGGGUGUGGCUAUAAACAGGGGAGGAGCCUGCCAUUGCACUGUGACUGGGCAGGGACCUUCUAGCACUGAUGCCACACACAUGAAAACCUCAGAUUAAAGAGAGGAUAUUUUUAUACAGCCUUAUGUUUGUAAUACCAAUGUUCAACCACAAGACCACUUGAGACUUGGCUUUUUCUUUUUUUUCUCCAUAGACAUUUUAUGACAAGGACAAUUGCUCCCAAAUACUGUGACAGUUAAUCAAACUACAUCUUAAAUCUAUGCAAUACUGAACACUCAUUCUACAACUCAUUUCCAGUGGCUUCUGUGUGAAGCGGUCACUUAAGCUACUUUUACAUAAGUCACCCAAAGCUCUCUUUGACACUGACAGUCUCCCUAAUAUUUGACAUUCCCACCUUUCUAAAGAGGUCCCACAAUGUAUACGAUCACGUUUGAGAAUUUUUGUACGGAAAAAAGUGGCAUCCUGGAUUAGAACGGCAAUAGAAGAAAAAGGAAAAUGUAGCUAAAUUUGUGGCCUUAAUUGUUUGAAUGUUUUAUUCCAGUGGUGCAGUGCACCCAGGACUGUAACAGAAAAUUAGUGAGGCCAAAAUACAAUGGUGUUUGUAAGAAAUUGUGUGCUUGAGCUAGUACAACUUUGUUCCUUGUAUUGUUCCUUGUAUUGAGUAAUUAUCAUCUGUGGGAAAACAAUUUAAAAAGGAAAAAAAAAAAGGAAGAUUCCAAAAAUAUAAUUAAACACUGAAGGGUAAACUGAGCCCCAACUUAAUUGAUGUAUUUUUAAUUUCUGUUUAACCUUAAUAAUCAGUUUCUAUUCUUCACUUCAAUAUCGGAUGGCCAAGAGCGCUAAUAGAGUCAAUUAUGUUAUGCAGUGCAGACCCAAUGUGAAUCCUUGUACUGCAUAGUGUGCUGACAUUUAGAUUUUUAUGAUUAGUGCAGAAACCAUGUAAAGGCUGAGAAUGAGGACUUAAUCUGUUCAUGUCAGUUGUCUUAUUCACUAAGUCAAGUUGCAUAGAGAUUCAGCUGGUGUAAGGGUGAUUAAUACUGCUUCAUUACUGAAUUUUCCAUUUAUCUCCACAAAGCGAUUGUUGGAUUGAAUGACAGCCUUCACUUCCAUAUUAUUCAAGGCUUAUGAAAUAUUCAAUCUAUACCUUUUUAACAGGAAAUUAUUUUUAAGUACCUCUCAUCUUGAGUUUCCCUUAUAUAGAACACACAACCUGAGAUUAGAAUUAAUGACCAAAAAAAGAAAGAAAUCCUUUCUAAAAUGUGAUUUAAGUGCUGCUUGAGUGCACGCUUUCAUCUAACCAGUGUGGUAGUGAAGGUUUCAAAAGCAAUCUUAUUCAUAGGUCGUACCAGAACCAUUGCAUUGUACCAUAUAACUCUCUGAGGCAACUUUGCUACUGUGUUGGGAACUCCCUGAUCAAGGCAGUUUACCUAUUUAAUGAGCUUAUCUGUAGCUAAACAUCUUUUAUUAUUCAAGAGAUUGAUGCUUUUCAUUCUGAUUAAAGUUCUCAGGGAUAGCAAAACACACUUUAGCUGGGUACUCAGAGUUUGUGUUACUGAAUUCUGAAUUGUUUACAUUUGUCUGGGGGGGAUUGGCAAUGACAGGAUUCGGUUUGUGAAGUUUUGGCAAAUUAUGGCAGAAAGUAUUAACUCCAUCGAGUCAAGGAAAGCACAGAAAUAUUCAGAUGUGCUACAUUUAUAUCACUCAGCCAGUCAGUCUUAUUGCAUCUGUAGCCAAGUGUAAGAUAAAGACUGCUUGUUUCAAAAUAGCAUAGUUCUAAAUACUUCAACAGGAGGGGAACCAUCAAAAGAUUGCUUACUGUAACUCUCAUACUACGGAAUGUCAGCUGGUGUAUCUGUUUUCUGUCAUUUUUGUGCUCCAGAAAUUUCUAUAUCUGUGUCUAUUGGGAAAUCCUGCUUUAUCAUAUCCCAAAGGUCUCUGUGUCACAUUGAUGCCAAGAAGUCACUUUCAUCUGUCUGAAUUAUGCACCCAGCCAUAUGUACAGUUUUGGCCCAGUGAAUACACACAAUGGAAAAUAAAAAGGCAUACAUUUCCAA